AUGUCGACAAGAGUUCUAGGACUUGGACCAGCGCUUAGGAAGGCUGCAUUUCUUCCCAAUGCUGCGCGUAGCCAAGUGAUGCUUCGGAAUGUCGUCGCGAAACGUUCUAUUCAAAUCCAAUCCCUCACCCCCUCGGCUGGCCAGGAAAUUCUCAAUAAGCAGCGUGUUGUUCGCCCCAGCUCUCCCCAUUUCACCAUUUACCAGCCUCAGUUAACAUGGGUUGCAUCUAUCUUCAAUCGCGUCACUGGUGUUGCUCUUAGCGUUUUGUUGUACGGCUUCUCCAUCGCAUACCUUGUUGCGCCUGGUACAUUCUCCAGCGAGAAUGUCAUCCAAGUGGUCGCUGGCCUUCCAGAAGGCGUAAAAUAUGCUGGAAAGGCUGUUCUUGCUGCUCCAUUUGCAUUCCACUCUCUCAAUGGAAUUCGCCACUUAAGCUGGGAUUCGAUCAAAUUCCUCAGCCUCAAGGGCGCAUAUGUGUCGGGUUACAUCGUGCUGGGGGCAAGUGCUAUAUCAACUGUUGCCCUGACGUUGAUGAAAUAG